AUGGCAGGCAGAGCCCCUAUGAAUGUACAGUCGUUUCCGCGUCCGCCAUUGCUGGAGCAGAUAUCUAGGCAUCUGCAGAUCAAAUACAAAGGAGAGCUCAUUGCGGACACUACGCAGGCGUACUGGGCAUUGGAGACUCACCAUCCCCCGACUUACUAUCUACCACCGUCGUCUGUCAAGGUGCCGCUCACCAAGACUGGGCGAAGGACUUGGUGCGAGUGGAAAGGCAUGGCGACGUACUUUUCUCUCCGCCUAGGCGGGCAGGAUGUGUGCAACCGUAUAUGGACAUACGAAGAGCCGACGGCCGGCUUUGAACCGAUUCGUGGAUACCUCUCUUUCUAUGCCGGGCCCUGGGACUGCUUCGUGGAUGGCGAGCAGGUGGUGCCGCAACCCGGUGACUUUUACGGCGGUUGGGUGACGUCGGAGCUGCAGGGCAUCGUCAAGGGACGUACAGGGAACCUCGACCCGAUUGUGUGA